AUGGCCGGCAACAGCCUUGUCCUGCCCAUCGUCCUGUGGGGCCGUAAAGCCCCCACACACUGCGUGUCCGCCCUGCUGCUGAUGGAGGACGCCUCCAUGAUCGUCACGGGAUGCCACGACGGACAGAUAUGUCUCUGGGACCUUUCUUUGGAUUUAGAGAUUAAUCCCAGAGCUCUGUUGUUUGGUCAUACAGCCUCCAUUACUUGUUUAUCAAAGGCCUCUGCUUCCAGUGAAAAGCAGUAUAUAGUGAGCGCAUCAGAAAGCGGGGAGAUGUGUCUGUGGGAUGUGAAUGAUGGGAGGUGCAUAGAGUUUACUAAACUAGCCUGUACACAUACUGGCAUACAGUUCUAUCAGUUUACAGUUGGGACUCAGCGUGAAGGGAGACUGUUGUGCCAUGGACAUUAUCCAGAAAUUCUUGUUGUGGAUGCCACCAGCCUUGAAGUUCUUUAUUCUUUAUUAUCAAAGAUAUCUCCUGACUGGAUCAGCUCCAUGACUAUCAUUCGAUCCAAUAGAACACAAGAGGACACUGUUGUAGCAGUUUCGGUGACUGGCAUCCUGAAAGUAUGGAUAAUAACCUCUGAAGUUAGUCGGAUGCAGGAUACAACACCAGUAUUUGAAGAGGAGUCAAAACCUAUUUAUUGUCAAAACUGUCAAAGCAUUUCUUUCUGCGCGUUUACCCAGCGGUCGUUGUUGGUGGUGUGUUCCAAAUACUGGAGGGUUUUUGAUGCUGGAGAUUAUUCCCUCUUAUGUUCAGUCCCUAGUGAAAACGAUCAGACCUGGACUGGUGGCGACUUUGUGUCAGCUGAUAAAGUGAUUGUGUGGACAGAAGAUGGACAAAGUUUCAUAUAUAAAUUACCAGCCAGUUGUCUACCAGCUAGUGACUCAUUUCGCAGAGACGUGGGGAAAGCAGUAGAAAAUUUAAUUCCGCCUUUAUUGUACAGUGUGUUGGACAGAGCAGAUAAACAGCUACUAAUAUGUCCUCCAGUUACUCGAUUCUUCUAUGGACAUAGGGAGUUUUCCUAUAAGCUGUUAAUCCAAGGAGACUCUUCAGGGAGACUGUGUAUUUGGAGUGUGCCCGAUACUCCUGAACAACAAGAUGGUGCAAAAGGACUGCAAACAACAACCUCAAUAUCCCUCCAGGAAGCUUUUGAUAAACUUACUCCUCGCCCUGCUGGGAUUAUAGACCAACUAAGCUUAAUACCAAACAUCAAUGAACCACUUAAAGUUACAGCCAGCGUGUAUAUCCCAGCCCAUGGGCGCUUGGUUUGUGGGCGUGAAGACGGAAGCAUCGUCAUUGUGCCAGCCACGCAAACCGCUAUAGUUCAGCUGCUGCAAGGAGAGCACAUGCUGAGGAGAGGUUGGCCACCUCACAGGACUCUCCGAGGCCAUCGAAACAAAAUUACAUGCUUACUGUAUCCUCAUCAGGUUUCUUCUCGUUAUGAUCAAAGGUAUUUGAUCUCAGGUGGUGUGGAUUUCUCAGUCAUCAUAUGGGAUAUAUUUUCUGGAGAGAUGAAACAUAUCUUCUGUGUACAUGGUGGAGAAAUUACACAGCUUCUAGUUCCACCAGAAAACUGUAGUGCAAGAGUUCAGCACUGUAUUUGCUCUGUUGCCAGUGAUCACUCAGUAGGUCUUCUGAGUCUGCGGGAGAAAAAAUGCAUCAUGCUGGCAUCCCGUCACCUAUUCCCUAUUCAAGUAAUAAAGUGGAGGCCUUCCGAUGACUAUCUGGUGGUAGGGUGUUCAGAUGGGUCUGUGUACGUCUGGCAAAUGGAUACUGGUGCGCUGGACAGGUGUGUGAUGGGAAUAACGGCCGUGGAAAUCCUGAACGCCUGCGAUGAGGCCGUCCCAGCGGCUGUGGACUCCCUGAGCCAUCCCGCCGUCAACCUGAAGCAGGCCAUGACGCGGCGUAGCCUGGCUGCUCUGAAGAACGUGGCGCAUCAGAAGCUGCAGACCCUCGCCACUAACCUGCUUGCUUCCGAAGCGUCCGACAAGGUCGGUUCUGUCUCACUUUGGCUGGUUUGA